GGGACAUUUGGACUUGAAAGACAAGAAGCAGAAUUCAAAGGCAAGCCCUUAAAUUCCAGAAGACAACCAAUUUUUGCUGCAAAGUGACCAGCGUUUGGUGUGGAGAUGGGGAACAUGGAUGGGAAAUCUGUGGAGGAGCUGAGCACUACCGAAUGCCACCAGUGGUACAAGAAGUUCAUGACGGAGUGUCCUUCUGGCCAACUCACCCUCUAUGAGUUCAAACAGUUUUUUGGCUUGAAAAACCUGAGUCCGUCAGCGAACAAAUACGUUGAGCAAAUGUUUGAGACGUUUGACUUUAAUAAGGAUGGCUACAUAGAUUUUAUGGAGUAUGUGGCAGCCCUGAGUCUGGUCCUGAAAGGGAAGGUGGAUCAGAAGCUGCGAUGGUAUUUCAAGCUUUACGAUGUGGAUGGGAACGGCUGCAUUGACCGGGGAGAACUGCUGAACAUCAUCAAAGCUAUUCGGGCCAUCAAUCGAUGCAACGAAACGAUGACGGCUGAGGAAUUCACAAACAUGGUGUUUGACAAAAUUGAUAUAAAUGGAGACGGCGAGCUCUCCCUGGAAGAGUUCAUGGAUGGGGUACAGAAGGAUGAAGUGCUGCUCGACAUCCUCACCCGCAGCCUGGACCUGACCCACAUCGUCCAACUGAUCCAGAACGAUGGGCAGAACCCACAAGAAAAGGAGCAGGCAGCGAACGCUGCCCAGUAGGCUCCUGGGACGCGUUCCUCUCCAUCUCUACUUUCUCCCCUUUGCAUUAUUAAAACAAAUCGAGUUGUGGUUGUGGGAACUGGUGAGCUGUCCCAGCGCCGGUGCAACAAGCAAUAGACUAUCCCGCUAGUGCAGGGACCGGGAUCUGCUCUGAAGGCACUGCUCCCCUGGCUGAUGGGCUGGGGAAGACUGGAGAUCACCAGGCACCGCCCUGGCCAUACCACCGCACCAGCCGGCGAGAGGAGAGGCAGAUAAGGCAUGGAGAAAGCCUCAAAAUUCACGCCAAGGCCACGGGCAACAGCAGUGUCCGCGGGGGACGAACCCCAGGGCUGCCCAGUGCUUUGCCUGGGGCGAGGGGGUCCCCAGGGACACCUAGAAAGCAGACUCAAACCUUCUCUUCCCAUAUACAUUUCUAGAGCAGGAGAUCAGCAGUUUUGGUCACUUGUUCUGCGAUUUGUUAUAAUUAUAUUAGCAAUCAUUAGUGAUAAUGAAAGGUAAAAAUAUCCGAGCUAGAAAAAGGAGAGCAGCGGAGUGGUGAACGCAGUGGCUAUUCUUUGUUUAAAAGCAUUAAAAACAUACAAUGGUGCCUUUUUUAACAACUAGCUGAACUUUCAGGGAAUGGUUCUCCUUGAAGUAGGAAAGGCUGCAAUGGCAGAAACCCACCAUGGAGAAGAUUUAGAUGUCUGUAGGACUAUUCCUGCAUGUCCUAUCUCCUAUACAACAACCUCUCCUGCGAGUUACUCUCCGUGGCAUCCUUGAGCAUCGCGUGGCUUUGGCUGCAACGGCAGCAAAUCAUCUGCGUGGAGCUCAGAGGGGAGAACCACCGGAGAGGGGCCAGAGGCAGCGUCUGCACCACGAGCAUCUGCACGUACCCGAGCAUUCCUGAGCAGCAACGGGUACCACAACCUCCAAGUGGGCUCAGGAAUUGUCUCCCAUGGAAUAAAACCCAGUCACCCCUUAUUACUGUAUCCUGGGACAGCAACCUUGUCGGCCGGUGCUAAUUACCCAUGAGCAGGGACUGCACCCAGGACCCAGCACACGCACAACGGAGGCUGCGAGAGCAGCGGCUUCGCCCCCACACCACCCACCGUCCUGCACCGAGCCGGGGCUGCGCCUUGGCUGCUCCUCGAGAGGAGUUUCCUCAUCCGAUUGGAACAAGUUUCAGGCACGGUGAGGCAAUACAGGACAGCGGGAAGGAUAUCUUGCCCAGCUGAAAGACUUGUUAUUUAGCACUGGAUUCUUGCAAUUCAUAAGCAACUGACUCUUCUUCCUGCACAUCUUUUUCAUUUGACCAUUUUACCUGGAAGCUUUUGUACUUCCAAUCUUAUAGCGAACUAAUAAAGAUA